UUUCAGUGAGGGGAGCAACAGGCUGGCUGGUGACAAGGGGCAAAGGCUUUAGAUAGAAAGAGGGGGAAAAGAUAAAAAAAUAGCAAUAACAAUUAGUUAAGGAGAGCAGCUGAGGACAGACAGGAAGUGAACGUUAGAGAGAGGGAGUCAUAGGAACAUAGGAAAAGAGAGAGAAGCUGAGAUUUGAGCUACAGGUGGAGGUCCGUCACCUUUGAACCACUGGAAGAGGCACACUGAGGCUGAUAAUUAAGACUCUGACAGAGACCAAGAGGACAGCCAUGUUUACAGCCAGACCAGAGCUCCGGCCGUAAAAGACAAGAGGCGGUCGCCCCCCUCUAACAGAUCCCCCUCCGCCCCACAACGCAACCCUCACCACAGCGGCUCCACAGACGAACAGGAGAGCCCCGAGAGAGUGGUGCAGAAGGAGAAGCUUCAUGCAGAGCUGAAGCAGGUGUUGAGUCAGAAGAGAAGUCACCUGAGAGAGUCCACCUGCCAGCUCGCCCAACCAGAGAUGGACUCCGAGCCCACAGACAGACAGACAUGUGCAGAGGACACCUCCCAGUCCGUGGAAAUAGUGGUGGAGGCGGAGGCUGGAGCCAGUGGCUACAGCGUGACUGGUGGAGGACAGCGAGGGAUCUUUGUUAAAGACGUCCUCAGAGACUCACCAGCCGCCAAACAUCUCAGUCUACAGGAAGGUGACCAGCUGCUGAGUGCCAAAGUCUAUUUUGACAACGUGAAGUAUGAAGACGCUCUGAAGAUCCUCCAGUGUGCCGAGCCAUACAAGGUCAGCUUCCAGCUGAAGAGGAGCGUCCCCGGAGUCGAGGUCUGCCUGAGGCCUCGGGUUCCCAGUGUGGAGGUCAAAGGUCCCAAAGCCAAGACUGCCAAAAUGAGUGUGAAGGGCAGCAAGGUGUUCAAGGCCAAGAAGAAGAGAGGUGGUCGUUUUGGUCUGAAGAGGCUGAAGGAGAAACGCAGAGAGGAGAUGGUGAUCGAGGGAACGCCGCCCAGGAUGGAGAUGAGUGACGUAGACGUGGAGUUUUCCCUCCCCAAAUUUAAACAGAAGAGGAGCAUGAAGGUGGAAGCAGAAGGAGCCAGAGGAGCAGCAGCCGUGGGGAAGGCAAAGAGGAGGAUCAGGUUUCCCCACCUGAAAACAAAAGGUUACACUGGAGAAGACGCAGGAGGAAAAGUAGAAACAGGACGGCUUGAGGGACAGGUGAAUAUCUCUUCACCUGUGAUACCUGAAGCUAAAGUGAAAACCAAAGGAAAAGGACACAAGUUUGGAAUCACCUUUCCUAGGACCAAACACACAAAGUCAGGCUUAGCGUCGGAAACUGGAUCUGUGGAGCUGAAGCCUCCAAGUGUGACCAUCCAGCAACCAUCGGUGGAGUUCAAUUUGUCUGGUGAUAAAAAAGUAGACGUGGAGAAGGGAGGAGUUAAGCGCAACGCGCCUGAUGUGGAGUUUGCACUCCCUUCAGGAAAAGCUGAGGCAUCUUUGCCCGCUGUGAAGGGAAAAGCAGAAAUCAAAGUUCCUAAAGUCAACAUCAAAGGAGGAGUUGAUGCAGGGGCAGCUGUUGGAAGAGCCGAUGUAGACAUAGGUAAAGGAGAUGCAAAGCUAAGAAUGCCAAAGUUGAAACUGCCCAAAGUUAGACUCUCACGACAUUCGGAUGAGAUAGAUGGGGACAUUAAAGUGAAAGCCAAAGGGAUCAAGGUGCCUCACACUGACAUAAUACCUUCAAAAGUAGAAAUCAAAGGAGGUGGUGAGAUUAAUCUUCCUGAGGCAAAUAUCACCAAACCAAAGAUGGAAGGUGAUCUCUCAGGAAAAGCGGCAUCUAUUCAAAUGCCUUCUGUUGAUAUUUCUUUUCCAAAAGUGAAGGGAAAGUCUGACAUGGACGUCUCAAUCCCAGAGUACGAAGGAGCUGGAAAGACAGCAAUCAAAAUGCCUGGCAUUGACAUCUCUGUGCCUGAUGUUGAUUUUAAAUUGGACACCAAACACAGAAUUCCUGAUGAGGUGGAAGGCACUUUUAAAGGGCCCAAAAUCUCAAUGCCAAAAAUUGAUAUGUCGUUGCCAAAGAUGGGAUCAUCCAAUGUGGAUAUUGAAGGUUUAGAAGGUGGAGGGAAAUUUAGUCUACCUUCUGUUGACAUCUCUCCACCAAAGGUGAAAACAGAGGUUGGAGAUGUGGAUAUGCACUAUUAUGUUGGUGGAGAUGGGAAGUUCAAGAUGCCUGAGUUUGACAUAUCCCUCCCAAAAUGUAUGCCACCAGAAGGAGAAGUAAAUAUCAAAGGCGAAGGCUUCAAGUUACCCAAAGUAGACCUAACACUUCCCAAGGGCAAAGCAGGAACGACUGAUAUUGAAGGAGUAGAAAAAUUUAAGUUACCAUCGUUUGACAUCUCUCUCCCUAAAAUGAAGACAGGUGAGGUGGCGGUUGACAUUGAGGGCCCUGAAGUGAAAGGUGGUAAAUUUGAAAUGCCAACACUUGAUAUUUCUCUGCCCAAAGGCAAAAUGGAAGGAGACAUUGAUGUAGAAGGAUAUACUGGGAAGGGAGGAAAAUUCAAAAUGCCUACCUUUGAUGUGACUCUACCAACGCUCAAACAACCAGAGGGUCACAUGAACAUUGAGACACCCAAACUUGAGGGUGAGGGUAAGAUCAAGAUGCCGUCUCUUGAUUUAUCAAUGCCAAAAGGAAAGUUGGAGGGUGACAUUGAAAUAGAGGGUCCAUCUGCAAAAGGAGGAAAGUUCAAAAUGCCCUCACUUGACGUCAGACUUUCUAAGAUGGGGACAACUGGGGCUAAAGUUGACUUACAAGGACCUGAGAUUAAAGGAGGGAAAACAGAGAUGCCAUCAAUAGAUAUUUCUCUACCAAAAGGUAAAUCCAAGGGUGAGGUAGACAUAGAGGGAAAGGGAGGCAAGUUCAAAAUGCCUUCAUGUAAUAUAAAUCUUCCAAAAAUGAAGUUGUCUGAGGGAGAAGUUGUUUUGGAGGGACCUGAUAUAAAAGGUGGAAAGAUUGAGAUGCCUACUGUUGAUAUCUCUGUUCCCCAAGGAAAAGUAGAGGGAGAUCUGGACAUUGGUUGCAGUAAAGUAAAAGGAGGCAAAUUCAACAUGCCCUCUUUAGACAUUUCUCUCCCAAAAAUAAAGCUACCUGAGGGAGACAUGAAGCUAGAAUGUCCUGAAAUUCCAAAUGUUGACUUUUCCCUCCCCAAGGCAAAUGUGGAGGGCAACAUAGAGCUUGAGGGCAGUGUAAUUAGCGGAGACAGGUUCAAGAUGCCAACUUUUGACAUCUCAUUCCCAAAGAGGAAAACCAAGGAGGGAGAGGUUGAUAUUGAAGGACCUGAAGUCAAAGGAGGGACAAAGUUCAACAUGCCAUCACUCUCUGACAUCUCUCCUCCUGCUAUGCAAUCACCCUCGGUUGAUAUCUCCAUUCCAAAGGGAAAAGUAGAGGGUGACAUAGAAACCAAAGGUAAAAGAGGACAUUUUCAUAUUCCCUCAAUUGAUGUUUCUCUCCCUGAAAUAAAAUCGAAACGAGGUGACAUCAACAUUGAGGGACCAGAAAUUAAAGGUGGUGGAAUUAAAAUGCCAACGAUUGACAUUUCAACCCCUCAAGGAUCAUUAGAAGGUGAUAUCACUGUCGAGGGUGAAGGAAAAGAAGGCAAGUUCAGCCUGCCGUCAGUAGACAUCACCCUCCCAGCAGUAAAAUUCCCUGAAGGAGAUGUGAAUUUUCAAGGGCCGAAAGUUAAGGGUUGGAAAUAUGAAAUGCCAAAAGUCGACCUCUCGCUUCCUAAAGGAAAAGCACAGGGAGACAUUGAUAUUGACAUUCGCUCUGGAAAAGAUGGGAAUAUUGAAAUACCAUCCUAUCAUACUGGACUUCCUAAAGGAAAAUUCAAAGGACCUGAGUUUAAGGGAGGACAAAUCCACAUGCCAGACAUUGACUUGUCACUCCCCAAAGGAAAGGCUGACCUCAGUGUUGAGGGGUCUGAUGAAAAAGGAGGAAAAUUAAAAAAGCCAAAAUUUGACGCUUCACUUCCAAAGAUUAACCUGCCAGAGGGCAAUGUCAAACUGGAAGGACCAGGGAUAAAAGGAAAAAUGGAAAAGCCAACUGUUGAUAUUUCCCUUCCAAAAGGAAAACUAGCAGGAGAUGUUGACAUUGAUGGGCAUGGUGUAAAAGGAGGCAAGUUUCACAUGCCUUCACUUGAUAUCUCUAUUCCUAAAAUCAAAGCAAAGGGAGUUGAAGUCAAAGGUGAUAUGUCACUCCCUAAUAUUAAGUCUCCAGAGGUAGAUUUCAGCCUUGAGGGUCCUGAUGUUAAGGGAGGAACGUUUAACUUGCCAACUGUUGCCAUUUCACUCCCCAAAGGAAAAGCUGAGGGACUUGAUGUUGAGGGUCCUGAGGUGAAGGGGGGUGAAUUUAAAAUCCCAAAAUGUGAAGUUUCUUUACCAAAGGUGAGUCUCGCAGAGGGUGAUGUCAAAAUAAAAAGUCCAGAAAUCAAAGGAGGGAAGAUUGAAAUGCAAGACAUUAAUAUGUCACUCCCCAAAGGACAAGCUGGAGGGGAAAUUGAAAUUGAAGGACAUGCUGGCAAAGGAGGCAAGUUCCAUAUACCCUCUGUUGAUAUCUCUCUUCCUAAAAUGAAAGCUAAGGGACCAGAGAUAAAUAUUGUAGGCCCUAAAGUUAAAGGUGGAAAGCUAAACAUGCCAUCCCUUGAUGUUUCUCUGCCAAAAGUUAAUUCUCCAGAUGUAGAUGCAAGCCUUGAGGGUCCUGAUGUCAAAGGAGGAAAGGUCAACAUACCAACUGUUGACAUUUUACUUCCCAAAGGAAAAGUUGAGGGUGACAUAAAUGUUGAAAGCCUUGAGGUGAAAGGAGGGAAAUUCAAAAUGCCGAAAUUUGAUGUAUCUCUGCCAAAGGUUGAUGCCAAUGUGGAAGGACCCGAUAUGAAAGAGAGAAAUGAAAUGCCAACUCUUAACAUUUCACUUCCAAAAGGAAAAGCAGAUGAGGAUAUUGACAUUGAUGGGUACAAUGUUAAAGGAAGCAAGUAUCACAUGCCCUCACUUGAUUUAUCUCUUGCUAAAAUGAAAGCAAAGGGAGUUGAAGUUGAUAUUGAAGGACCUGAUCUUAAAGGUAACAUUACACUCCCCAAAGGAAAAGUUGAGGGUGACCUUGAGAUUGAAGGUCCUGAAGUGAAGGGGGGUACAUUUAAAAUGCCAACAUUUGAUAUAGCAUUGCCAAAAGGGAAUCUCCCAGAGGGUGAUGUCAAAAUAAAAGGCCCAGGCAUCAAGGGAGGGAAGAUUGAAAUGCCAGACAUUGACCUGUCACUACCCAAAGGAAAAGCAAAAGGAAAAAUAGACAUUGAAGGACAUGCUGGAAAAAGAGGCAAGUUCCAUAUGCCCUCUGUUGAUAUUUCUCUUCCUAAAUUGAAAGCAAAGGGAGUAGAUGUCAAUAUUGAAGGUCCUGAACUGAAGGGAGGAAAGGUCAAUAUGCCGAACAUUGACCUGUCACUUCCCAAAGGAAAUGCUGAUCUCAGUAUUGAGGAUCCUGAGGUAAAAGGAGGCAAAUUCAAAAUGCCCAAAUUUGAUGUUUCACUUCCACAGAUGAAUCUGGUGGAAGGCAAUGUCAAAGUGGAAGGCCCAGAGAUGAAGGGCAGAGAGAUUGCAAUGCCAGCUGUUAACAUUUCAGUUCCAGUGGGAAAAGUGGAGGGAGAUAUCAAUAUUGAAGGACCUUCUGGAAAGGGAAAGAUUGAAGUGGCAAAGGUGGACCUAUCUGGUAAAAAAGGUGGCGGGAUCCACAUGCCAACUCUUGACAUAAAUCUCCCCGAAUUUGAUCUUGACCUUAGCCUUCCCUCUGGUCUGAAAGACCAAAGCCUUAAAGUGGACACCAGUGGCCCUGAAGCAUCGGGAGAUUUGAAGAUGUCUGGUCUCAAACAAGAUAUUAAUCCAGCCAAUUUAAAAGUAAAGGGUGUGGACAUCGAGACAGGUGGUACAGAAGGCCCAGGUGCAUCCCUCAAACUUCCCAAUGUCAAACUACCAACAGUUGACAUCUCAGCUCCAAGGGUGGAUCUAGACUUUGGCCUCACCAAACCUAAAGGUGACGAUGUGGAAGUGGAGCUACUGAAAGCAGAGGGAGGCAGGCCCUCUUCAGGGGGGAGCUUUGAUCUACCUAAUGUCUCCCUUAAAGUCCCCAGUUUUUCUCUUCCCAGGUUUGGUGGAAAGUCCAAAAGUGGUGAUUUUAUGAUAUCUGGCCCCAAGGGGGAAGUUUCUCUUAGUGCACCACAUGUGGAAGGAGAGAUCAGGGCACCAUCAGUGGAGUUUGAUGGGGAUGGAAAGGUCAAAGUAAAAAAACCUAAAAUCAAAAUGCCCUCAUUUGGUAUAUCCAAAAAGCAUGCAGAUGUAUCUGUGUCUUGUCCUGAUGUGGAUGUUAAAGUAAAGAAAGGAGAAAUUGGCAUUUCUAAACCUGAAGUCAAUGUUGGGAGCCCAGAUGAUAAAUUAAAAUACAAAGUGAAAUUUCCCAAGUUUAAAAUGUCAUCACCAAAAGGUCCACUCUCAGAGGGAGAGGUUGAUGCGAAACUAGAGGGAAAUGUGGAAGGAAAAGGUGGCUUCCAUGCACCUGAUGUAACUAUCAAACUACCAAAGUUUUCCAUGGCAGGAUUUGGCUCUAAAGAAAAAGAGUUAGGUAAGCCAAGUGGUUACCUUGAGUCGAAGGCCAAAGUUAAAAUGCCCUCUGUCGAACUGUCACUACCAGCAGCUAAAACACCAGAUAAUGAGGUUCUCCUCCCCAAAGCAGAGGUUGAUGUCUCUGAGGCUGAUAUCAAAGGUUAUGAGGGAAACCUUAAAAUUCCCAAAAUGCCAACGAUUGAUGUUUCCAUUCCAAUAAUAGACUUAGAUGUGUCCCUGCCAAAAGUAAAGCAUGAUGCAAAGGUUGAUGAACAAGGAGGAAAAUUCAAGAUGCCAGACAUCAAGAUGCCUGACAUUGACUUCUCCUUUCCUAAAGGUAAAACAGGUGAAAUUGAAGGAGGUCACAUUGGAGUCGAUGCAGAGGGAGGAAAAUUGAAAAUGCCUCACGUGAAAAUGCCAGAUGUUGACAUUUCCCUACCUAAAGGAAAGAUUAAAGGUCCAGAGAUGGAGAUCAAAGGAGAAGGUGGAAAAUUCAAGAUGCCACAUAUGAAAAUGCCAAACAUUGACAUCUCUCUACCUAAAGGAAAGAUUGAAGGUCCAGAGAUGGAGAUCAAAGGAGAAGGUGGAAAAUUCAAGAUGCCACAUCUCAGCAUGCCCUCUGUUGAUAUUUCUCUGCCAAAAGGAAAGAUUGAGGGUCCAGACAUUGAAAUGGAGGGAGGUACUGGAGGAAAAUUCAAAGUGCCUCAUAUGAAAAUGCCCAACGUCGACAUCUCUCUGCCAAAAGGAAAACUUGAAGGUCCGGAUGUUGAAAUGGAGGGAGGUACAGGAGGAAAGUUGAAAAUGCCUCACUUGAAAAUGCCAGAUGUUGACAUCUCUUUGCCCAAAGGAAAGAUUGAGGGUCCAGAUGUUGAAAUUAAGGGAAGUACUGGAGGAAAGUUCAAAAUGCCUCACAUGAAAAUGCCAGAUGUUGACAUCUCUCUACCUAAAGGACAGAUUGAGGGUCCAGAGAUGGAGAUCAAAGGAGAAGGUGGAAAAUUCAAGAUGCCACAUCUCAGCAUGCCCUCUGUUGAUAUUUCACUGCCAAAAGGAAAGAUUGAGGGUCCAGAUAUUGAAAUGGAGGGAGGUACUGGAGGAAAAUUCAAAGUGCCUCAUAUGAAAAUGCCCAAUGUCGACAUUUCCCUGCCAAAAGGAAAGAUUGAAGGUCCAGAUGUUGAAAUGGAGGGAGGUACUGGAGGAAAAUUCAAAAUGCCUCAUAUGAAAAUGCCCAACAUCGACAUCUCUCUACCUAAAGGAAAAAUUGAAGGUCCAGAUGUUGAAAUGAAGGGAAGUACUGGAGGAAAGUUCAAAAUGCCUCACAUGAAAAUGCCAGAUGUUGACAUCUCUCUACCUAAAGGAAAGAUUGAGGGUCCAGACAUUGAAAUGGAGGGAGGUACUGGAGGAAAAUUCAAAAUGCCUCAUAUGAAAAUGCCCAACAUCGACAUCUCUCUACCUAAAGGAAAAAUUGAAGGUCCAGAUGUUGAAAUGGAGGGAGGUACUGGAGGAAAAUUCAAAAUGCCUCAAAUGAAAAUGCCCAACGUCGACAUCUCUCUGCCAAAGGGAAAGAUUGAGGGUCCGGACAUUGAAAUGGAGGGAGGUACUGGAGGAAAAUUCAAAAUGCCUCAUAUGAAAAUGUCCAACAUCGACAUCUCUCUACCUAAAGGAAAAAUUGAGGGUCCAGAUGUUGAAAUGGAGGGAGGUACAGGAGGAAAGUUCAAAAUGCCUCACAUGAAAAUGCCAGAUGUUGACAUCUCUCUGCCCAAAGGAAAGAUUGAAGGUCCAGAGAUGGAGAUCAAAGGAGAAGGUGGAAAAUUCAAGAUGCCACAUCUCAGCAUGCCCUCUGUUGAUAUUUCACUGCCAAAAGGAAAGAUUGAUGGUCCAGACAUUGAAAUGGAGGGAGGUACUGGAGGAAAAUUCAAAAUGCCUCACUUGAAAAUGCCAGAUGUUGACAUCUCUCUGCCCAAAGGAAAGAUUGAGGGUCCGGACAUUGAAAUUGAGGGAGGUACCGGUGGGAAGUUCAAAAUGCCUCACAUGAAAAUGCCCAACAUUGAUGUCUCUCAUCCCAAAGGAAAGAUUGAAGUUCCACAUGUCGAAAUGGAGGGAGGUGCAGAAGGAAAGUUCAAAUUGCCUCAUUGGAAAAUGCCAGAUUUUGACAUCUCUCUGCCCAAAGGAAAGAUUGAAGGCCCAGACGUUGAAAUAGAGGGAGGCACAAUGCCUACAGUAGACAUUUCACUGCCAAAAGGAAAGACUGGAGGUCCCAAAGUUGAAACUAAGGGUGAGGGAGGAAAGUUCAAGAUGCCAAAAGUGGGCAUAUCUCUUCCAAAAGGAAAACCUUCAAUCGAAGGUCCAGAGAUAGACAUUAAGGGAGAUGGAGGACACUUCAAAACAACUAAUGUGGGCAUAUCUAUCCCUAAAGGAAAAGAAAGUAUUGACAUACCAGAGGAGAAAAUGGCAGCAGAUGGAGGAACCAUCCUACUGCCAGAUGUCAAAAUGCCCAAAGUUGAUAUUUCACUUCCUAAAGGUAAAAGUAAAGAUAUUGAAGCAACUGCUAUAGAGAUGGAAGUCACAGGAGGAAAGUUUGUAGGCCCACAUGUUAAACUUCCAAAGGGGGGUAUAUCAGUGCUGAAGGAUAAAUCAGGUGAAGCGGAGAUCAACUUACCAACAGCUGAGGCAGGAGGAACAGUUAAAGUGCCACAGGUCUCAUCAAUAGAUCUGGACAUGGAUGUGAGACUUGAUAAACCUAAACAAGACACAGAGGCUCAUGGGGAAGCUGAUUUGCAUGUUAAGGGAGAGCACAAAGGUCUGAAACUCAAGAUGCCAACAAUAGAUAUCAAAGGUCCAAAAGGAGACCUGGAACUUGAUAUAGGACUUCAUAGAGGAGAGGACAAUAAGGACAGGAAAAAAAUUGAACUACCUGACUUGGACCUCAACACAACAGGAACCAACAGCAAAGUAAAGGGGCCUAAAGUCAAAGGAACAAAAUUCAAGAUUGGAAUGCCAAAAAAGAAAACUGGCAGAGAUGUAACAGCCGAAGCAAAAAUAUGCAAAAUCUGUGGUGAUGAAGAGAGUGGUGGUAAAGCCAAACACAGAUGCAGGGGUAAAGAAAGAUUUGAAUAUGAUGUUAAAUUUAAAACUCAAAAUGGACAUAAAGAGAACAAAGAUCGUAUUAACAUCCCAGUGCCAGAGGUUACAUUACCAACCAAACAAGGUUCAGCGGAAUUAGAAACAGGGGGGGAGGGUAGCCUCUCGUCAUCCAGAGGAGAUAGUAAAGUCCCCAGGAUUCCAGACAUAGACUUUGAUAUUGCUACAUCACCUGAUGAAGAUGAGGACACAACAGAAAAAGGCAAGAAUAUCAAAAUCCCCAAGUUUGGUGUCGCAUUACCCUCCAUGUCCUCUCCUGAGGGAAAAAUAAAUAUCUUUGGGCCAGAAAUUCAGUAUGAGGGCCCUAAAAUGCCCAAAGUAAAGAAAGCUGUCUUUGUCUUGGUAAAUCCUCCUCAAACAGGUGAGCAUGCUGCAUGCACAGGCCUCCAAGAAAAGGUGACAACACCUGAGGCUAAAAAAGAAGACAUCAAAGUGAAGAUGCCCAAAAUCAAAAUGAAGCCAAGCUUUGGGAAGCCCAAAGACAACGCAGCCGCUUUGUCAUUUUCUCCUGGCAAAACAGGGUCGUUGGAUGUCAAUCUCAGGGGCAAAGGUUCCACUUCAAGUCUAAACGGUGAAAAAGAUGCAUCUCCUCACAAGGCCUCCAAUGACGCAAAAGGGACUUCCAGUGGCAAAAUCAAAUUUCCAAAGGUGGAGUUAACCUCUCCAUAUGGCAAGAUGGCUGCAGAGGGGGAGGACACUGAAAUGAGUUUGAAACUGGGAAAGGAUUCAUCACCAGGAGAAGUGGAGGGAGACACUAAAGGGCUUCAAGUACAAUCAGGCAAAAUGGCCGUCGCUGGUUUUAGUGAGGAGCUCUCGAAGGAUGUGGUGUCAUCUCGUGCCAGAACAGAUAUGCUGGACAGAGACAGCUCAGAGUCCCCUGCUAGUUUUACCAUGGAGUUCAGCUCAGCAAAGGUCCAAUCUUGGAGCAAGGUCGAGAGCCACAGCAGAGAGUCUGAAGAAAGAGAGUCUUCCCCCUGGUUCAAGGUCCCAAAGUUCACCCUGAAGCCACACUCCACAGGCUUCCUUCAGAUAACCCCGGAGGGUUCUCCUCAGGCCCAGCGGAAGGGGGAGGUGGGAGGUGAGGCCGACGUGUUGGGGUCUUUCUGCCUCCACACCUCAGGGCUUGACUUCACCACCCAGGACGUAUCUGAGGAGAACCAAGUCUGCUCCACCGAGGACGGAACUGUCACUAUGGUGACCAAGACCACCAGGAUCACCCGGCACAUGGUUACCAGUGAAGCGCGAACAGGUGAAUCUUCAGCAACCACGACGACAACUCACCAGGUGUCGGACUUCAAGCACUGAGGAUGCUGUGAUAAUAUCUUAAAUGUCUUUACAUUUUCUUGUUUUUCUUUGGUGAGGUUGCAGUGUUCUUGUAUGCUAAGCCUGCAACGUGGCAAACUACAAUUAAGUAAAAGUCUUUGUUUUAUAUUUUAAUAGGUGAGGUUAAAGCAACAGAGUAAUAUAUAUAUGCUUCCUUUUUUCAUUUUAAAUGUGACUAUUUUUUGUUACUGUUCUCCGACUUUUGUUAGUUUAGUUCUAAUUAUUUAUCGGAUUUUGUUUGGUUUUAAAGUUUUCACUCUGAAUGUAAACAUGUCGCAUUGCUUUAUUAUUUAUUGUUGUUUGUUUGUUCAAAAUGUGCUGGCAUGAGUCAUUUAUCCACAUCAGCAUCAUGGAUUUGACGAUAAUAACUUCAUUUUGGACCAGUGCAGGCCAGAGUAAUAUUCAUGUAAAUACAACUAUAUAUCAGUCUUUUUUUUUUUUUCUUCAGUUUUUUUGAAGCAGUAUCCCUUCAAUCCGAAAUGUAAUUAUUUUCAUAUUCACCAGAGUCAGGAGAGGGAAUUAUAUUUUUUGACCUGACAAUCUAUUUUGUUUGUCUUGAAGGAAAAGUGUGAGCUUUUUGAGAUUUAGGCUAUUCUCAUUUUUCUGCCAUAGUUUUAUAUUUUAAGCAUUUAGCUGGUGCUGUUAACUAGAAAUAGUCAUAGUGUGUAAGCAGUACACUCCGGACUCUUUUUUUUCUGCUGUGGGGAUCAAACCUGUGACCUUUUGGUUACAGGUUGCUCUCGAACAUUUACUGUAGGCCACCCUGCUGCUAAUCUAUUUAUAUUAAUGUUUUACACUGUACACUGCCAGAAAAAGACGCCGCUGUAUAUUUUGUGAUUGAGACUUUAGCUUCAAGAUAGACCUUCUGGCUGAUGCUGAUUUCUCGAAACUCAGCUGUGAUCUAAGUUGAGUAUCAAAACAAAUCGCCAGCAAACUAGGAAGAAAAUGUGGGGUUUUAGAGAUGCUGUUGGGCGCUUAAACAAAAUCAGUGAGAGAAGUUUUAAAGGGUAAAACUGUAAACCUUUUUUCUCUUGACACUUAAAAAGUAGCUCUCUAAAAAUGAUGUUACUAUGAGGCUGCUACAAUGACAGACUGGCUAAUGAGUGGCGAGCCUUGAUGUACAAACGCCACCGAAGAGAGGGGAUCCAAGACAAGAGGACCAAGGCAUGUUUUCCUUUGGCUGAAAACGUCUUUAAUAAUCUGGCAUUUUUCUGUUUAUUGACUAUAAUUGACGAUAUUACAGAAUAACAUCGGAUGUUAAAAUCUCAGAUUAAUUAAAAGCAUUUUCAUUAUCCCUUAUUUUUCAAAAAGAGUGUCCUCAAUUUUAAAGUAUAAAUUUGCUUUAUUGUUAAAUGGAGGGGGAGGGGGGGGCUUUGUGCUGUCUUUAUGCUUUAGAUAUUGACUUUAUUGUCUCUACAUUGAGACAUUUAAGUUUCAUUCUCAAAUGCGGUACCCACCAUUUGAGAGACAUGGCCACUGUUUCUGGAAUGAAAUGAAAACUACUGAUUGUAUCCACCACUCAGAGCCAUUUCCUUACAAGAGAACAGUUUUACAGGAUGCAACCAUCUGAUUUUUUCAAAAUAAUGAGCUACUUUUCAAGUGGAUGGAAAGCAUUUAAGAAUGGAAACUUGUACUUUACUUGGUUGGUAGAUGGUAGAAGAAAUCCUCACAAAUCUACUCCCACACUUUUUUCAUUAACAUUUAACACUAUGCCUGAAUUUCAGGAGAGAAAUAGUUUAUAGAUUU